CAGUUGUGCUUCCUCCAGCCACAUCAUCUUGGAGCGGUGCUCCGAGGCUGCUACUGUGACUACAAACCAGACAUAAAAGGUUUAGAGUGGGACCUUUAUAAAAACCUUUAUGGUCAACAUGUGGCCCAGGAUAUUGUCUCGGAAGCAGUGGUGAAUUUUUUACAGGAUGAAAACCCUGACAGACCACUAGUGCUGUCUUUCCACGGAGCAUCUGGGACUGGAAAAAGUCUGGUCAGCUCUAUGAUAGGACGACACAUCUACGGAACAGCGAUGGGCAGUCCAUACAUCCAUCAGUUUAUUCCCACCUUACACUUCCCCUCGGCUGACAGGGUGCAGCAGUACAGGUCAGAUCUAAAACGCUGGGUCGAGGGAAACCUCACAGCUUGUGCUCGCUCAAUCUUCAUCUUCGAUGAGAUGGAGAAAAUGCCUCCUGGGGUGAUCGAUGUUUUAGAACAACAUUUAGGCCCCUUUCAUGUUCUGUUCCAGACAAACUACCGUAAAGCCAUUUAUAUAUUUAUCAGUACUGUAGGGCAGGAGGUAAUUAACAGAGUAGUGCUGGAGAGCCGCCAGGCAGGUAGAGAUCGAGAGGACAUUCUCCCGAAAGAGCUGGAGGACAGUGUUGCUGAUGCGGUGUACAACAACAAGAACAGUGGGUUCUACCACUCCAGAGUAAUUACAGAAAAGCUUAUCACACGUUUUGUGCCUUUCCUCCCCUUGCUGCGGCGCCACGUGGAGCGCUGUGCCCAGCGGGAGCUCUGUCAGCGUGGGGAGUGUCAGCGGGCAGAUGUGGCAUCAGCGGUAGGGGGCGCCAUGACUUACACACCAAAUGACAGCCAAUACUUCUCCAGCACUGGCUGCAAAUUGGUCUCGGCUAAAGUUAACUUUUUCCUUUGAGGGUCCAAGUGAAAUCCCUUUAGGAUCUUAACAGCAACUCCGAGCACAGAGCCUCUGAUGAUGGAGCUACAGAAUAGAGUCACCUGUAUUUGGGGACACUCUCUUAUUUGUAUGUUUCAUCCAUAUGGAUGAGGUCUGUUGAAGAUUGAGCAGAAUUUGAUAAUUUAGCUCUGGUUUUACCAUUUUUAAUCCAGCAUGUUGCUAGUUAAUUAAAGGACAGAUUCAGAGAGCUGUGUGACCAGUGAAACAGCCUACGACACACAGUUUCAGUGUGCAGUUAACUAAAAAUCAAGUGCUCUCAGAGUUUCAUCAUGGGAUAUUCAUUUUACUAUGGAACUAAGUGCUGUAUUUCUUAUGCUGACCACAGGGUGGCAGCAGUGCCUACUUGAAGUUUUUUUUGUCCCACAAUACCAUUGUAUUUUUUUUAUCAUAUUAAAUUUGUAAAUAAUGUAUAAUAGCUUUCUUUUAGUAUUUAAAUAGUUAACCGGAUUAAUCUGAAAGUAUUUGUACAAAGAUAAUAAUAAUGUCUGAAAGUCAGAGUUCGCACAAACUGAAUUCUUGUCAUCAUUUGAAGAGUUCAAGAUGCGAAAGUGCUGUUAGAUAUUUUAUUCUAAAAUUAGCAUUUUUAUCAGGCUCCUAUAUAACCCUUCAAUAAUUGCACUUUAAUGAAAUUAUUAGGUACAUUAUUAUGAUAUGUGUUUGUUUAUAUGUAUGAAUAUAUAUAUGUAUGCAUAAAGUUUGGAACAAUAGGGAGAAAGUGAACGAUUACUUAAUUUUCAUUUUUGAGUGAACAUUACAAAAAUACAGUCAAUGAAAAUUUAUAUGGUACCACAUCAAAAUUAAGAAAUGUUUUAUGCAUAUUUUUUUUUCUUAUUUCUUUUUAUCUGAGAUGCCAUAUUGUCUAAUUUGAUUGAUCUGAGGCAAAUUACCAGCUUUGAAAUAUUACUUUUUUUCUUUGUCUUCCUUCCUUCAUAAAACUCACUGAAGGAUUAGAGCCAAUAUUCAGUUCCCUUAUUUAAUUGAAAACACUAAAGGGAAAAUGAAAGCUACUUUAUGCAUGAACUGUCCUGAUAUAAAUAGAAAUGGAAUCUAAGCAUAUCCAAUUUCAGUGUUCUUCAUUGUUGUUUACAUUGUACAGUUAUUCUGCACAUUCAUUUAGAAUAGUAUGCAGUGUAAAGGAAAUAAUGAUAUACUUUUCUAUUCUUUGAUCAGUCAUAUCUGUCUUUAUGAACAGUUUGUUUUGUUUUGUCUUUCUUUUUUAUUUAAUUUGAAUCAUGUAGAGUAAUGCAAAAGUUAAAUGCAGGUACAAUACACAACAAUAAAAUCAAGUUUAAUCUGUCAA